ACAAGACAAGGGUCGAGGCGAUAUUUCUUUAGCCUUCAGAGCGAAGUUUUUUUAAUAUCCCGAUUGAACAAAAAGACAAUGGAACAUGUUGAUUAUAUAGCUAAAAAAUGAAUCCUUAAUUUAUUUACUGUGUAUUUUGUGGUGUGGAAUUAAGUGUAAAAAUGUGGAUUCCAUUGAAAACUCCUAAACUCGCAGUCGCUGUGUAUAAUUGGAAGGGAGAUGUACGAUCAGGUUUACCUUUAGAGAUUGGAGAAACCAUUCAGAUCUUGGAAGAAAAUGGAGGUUGGUACAGGGGAUUUAGCACGAAAAACAGAUCUGCUUGGGGCAUUUUUCCCGCAUCUGUAGUGACAAUACGACCUUGUACUAUCAAGGGGAGUGGUUUAUCUGCGAUCGCAGAAUUGAAAGACGACCCACUGGUGCGGGAAAUAGCCUGUGUGCUGAGGGAAUGGGCUCGCUUAUGGAAGAAACUAUAUGUGGAGCGCGAAACCUACCGGUUCAGUGCAGUCGCUAAGGUGAUGCGCGAACUCCUGAGUGGCCGGCGCGCUUUGCUCACCGGCACACUAACGCAGGACCAAACGAGGGCUCUACGUUUGAAACUUGUCGCCAAACUCGACUGGGGUAAUCGCAAAUUGGGUUUGGAGCUGGUGCCGCGACGUGGCGCUGAAGCCGUGGACCCCGAGGAGUCCAGUCUGGUGGAGUUGUAUAGGGUUCACGUGGAAAGCGCUGAGAGAGCUGCAGCAUGGCGCGGCACGCUCCGCAGAGCUGGCGGUUCGGGCAGCAGUUUCAAUUCGGGCACGCUCACAAACUCGACCAGUACCACGCCCACGGUGCAAUCCCACUAUCUCAUGUGCAGCAUGCGAGACUUCGGCCACACGGCUGGCGGUGAUGAAGCGGAGCUGUUGCUAUGGUUACACGAUGCGAGGCGAGCGCAACCGCUCUCCGAGAGGUUCAGGGUGCGGAUCGCGAGGGACGGCUUCUCGAACUACAUAGACAGGCUGCACGCGAAUAGCACGCUAUUUGCGGAUCUAUCAGCAACGGAUCUUUCCCGCGAACUCUGGCUGGUAGCCUGGGUGGUGCGAGUGGGAAGAUGGUCUGGUGCGGGCAGUAUUGGUAGUGGAACAGGGGAGAGGAGAGGACCAGUGGCCCGGAGGCCAUUAGGUGCUGGUGUGUUACCGCUGGCGGAGUUUCUUAGGCAGCCCGAACAGCAGACUGCGGAAAAAGAGUAUACUUUUAAGGUUUAUCAAUGUGAAGAGAAAGAUUUUCACCAGCUUCAUGAUAUGUUGAUCCGGAAACAGACAAAUAAAUGCAACAUUUUACCGGGACAACCUAAUUAUGGAAUUGUAGUCGCCCUCAGACUGCUUACCAACCAAGGCAGUAUAUCGGAAGCUGUAGCGUCCGGAGCGACUGUCACAGCGAAACGGGGAUUUCCCGACGUCAUAAUGCCGGGUGAUGUGCGAAACGAUCUGUAUCUGACCUUGGAGAGAGCGGAGUUCGAAAGGGGCGGGAAAAGCACGGCGAAGAAUGUCCUCGCAACUGUUAGCGUGCAUGAUAGUACGGGACAGGUUAUAAGCGAUUGCGUUUGGGGUGCGAGUGGCAUUGGUUCCACGUCAUACGAAUCUCUAGUGCUAUACCACAACAACAGCCCGGCGUGGGGCGAGCAGUUGCGCCUCACUGUGCCGCUGGAGACGUUCACGCACGCGCACGUGCGCAUCGAGUUCCGGCAUUGCUCCACGCGAGACAAAAAUGAGAGGAAACUAUAUGGCUUCGCAUUCGCAAGACUAAUGGAAGCUAGCGGCGCUACUCUUAGAGAUGGAGCCCACGAGUUAUAUGUGUACAAGUGUGACGAUCCUAGCAAGUUAAUAUCAGCAAACUAUCUAUCAUUGCCGUCGUGCGCCAACGACUCGGUGCGCGCGAACGCAACCAACGGGCUGGUCGCGUCGUUCCCGAGAAGCACCAAGGAGAACUGCACUAUCAGUACGGUGCUGUGUUCUACCAAACUUACCCAGAACGAGGAUCUCCUUGCAUUGCUACAAUGGCGAGCACACCCGGAAAAAGUGCAGGAAACUCUACUGCGAGUUUUACGGUUGGGCGAUGGUCUCAGUUGCGAGGAACUUAUCAAGUUCCUUAGAGAUGUGUUGGACGCACUUUUCGCAUUGUUUUCUACUGAAGAUGGCAAUAGCACACCUCAUUCUGGAACAGUGUUCCUAGUCCUGGUAUCAAUAUGCAGUUUAUUAGAUGAAAGUAGAUUUCAACACUUUAGACCCGUAUUGGAUGUGUAUAUCGAAGAACAUUUCUCCGCAGCUCUCGUUUACAAAGGGCUCCUGUCGUCGGUGCAGCACUGCGCCGAGUGGGCGGCGGGCGCGGAGGGGCAGGAGCCGAUCCGCAAGUGCCUGCGCUCGCUCGGCGCCGUGUUCCGGCUGGCGGUGCGCUCGCGCUGCCUGUUCGCGCGCGCCACGGGCGGCCAGUACGAGGACAGCUUCCGGCGCGACGUGCGCGCGGCGCUGCACGCGCUCAAGGCGCUCGCGCAGCACCCGCACCGCGACCACCUGGCGCCCGCGCAGGUGGCUCUAAUGACGUCAUGGGCCAGCGUCGCCAAGGAAGUGUCUUCGGCCCUGAGUCCCGUAGAAGCUGCUAGAAUAUCCGCGGCCAUGUUGGAUGCAUUUGCGGCUAAUGUACCGGCGCCGCUGGCCAGAGCGAGGCUGGCAGCAGCACAAGAGAUAUUGAAGGGGCCAUUGGGACAGGAGCCUGAAGCGAGAAACAUAGUACUCACAACGGCAUGCCAUCACCUCCGGGUGCACCUGGCGCGGCGCGACGAGCUCUCGCAGUGCGCGGACAUGCUGGGCGAGCUGGUGACGCUGCUGUGGAGGAAGGAGGACCCCGACAUGCCGCUGGACGAUGAUGAACUGGAUCCGGACGUGGACGUGCUGUGCCUGAACACGCUCGACGUGCUCGUCGAGACCGUGCUGCAUUUGAUUGGUGGGAAUUCGCCGGUACUUCGACAUGACACCUACUGUAGGGGUUCAGGCCAUAAUCCACCACGCUGGUCAUGUGCAGGUUGGCUGAUGUCACAGGUCGUUGAAGCUUUUGAUUCUUCGACAUGCCGUCUCAUGGAGCGCGUAUCCACGGAGGGUUGGCGGGAGGCAGGUGCGGCCUUCGUCGGUUGCGUCACUCGCCUGCUGGAGCGGCUGCUCGACUACCGCGCCGUCAUGCAGGGCGCCGAGCACCGGCACAAGCGGAUGGCCGCCACCGUCAACCUGCUGAACUUCUACAAAAACGAAAUAGAUCGCAAAGAGAUGUACCUCCGCUACGUGUACAAGCUGCAUGACCUGCACAUCGCUUCGGAUAACUUUGUAGAAGCUGGAUGUACACUUUUGUUAUAUGCCGAGACACUAAGUUGGGACAGCGAUCAAAUUGGUGUUGAUUCUGAACAUCCGGAAACUCCAGAAUGGAAGAGAAAAGAGGCACUUUAUAAUCAAGUGCUUCAAUACUUCGAUAGAGGAAAGUGUUGGGAAAAAGGGCUGCCCUUACUUCGCGAAUUGGCAACACUAUAUGAGGUUAAGUUAUGCGACUACGCGCGGCUCGCACACUGUUUGCGAACUCACGCGACUUUCCUUGACUCUGUGUUAAAGGAGUUACGACCUGAGCCGGAGUAUUUCAGAGUCGGCUUCUAUGGGAAAGGGUGCCCUUUGUUUGUGAGAAAUAAACAGUUCGUGUACCGCGGGCAUGAAUACGAACGUAUCGGUGCGUUCACGCAGCGGCUGCAGUCCGAAUACGUGUCGGCGCACAUAUUGAUGAGGAAUACUCCACCCGAUGAGUCCGUUAUAGCCGCCGAUGGACAAUACAUACAAAUCUGCAACGUGAAGCCGGUAGCGAGACAGCAGUCGUGCCCCGCGCACGCGCCGGAACAAGUGAAACGGUUCUACGCGUUCAACGACGUCGACACGUUCCUGUGUGACCGGCCAUUGCACAAACCGCCCAUAGAUAAGGAUAAUGAGUUUAAGAGUUUGUGGAUUGAACGUACGACGCUAGUGACGGAGAACACGCUCCCGGGAAUAUUGCGGUGGUCUGAGGUGGUCACCAGAUCUGUUGAAGAAAUACCACCAGUUGAAUUCGCGUGCGAAACGAUGGAGUCAACGGAGCGCGAGCUACGCAACCUCAUAUCCCAGUACACGGCGGAGCCGAGCCGGAACAUCAACCCGUUCUCGAUGCGGCUGCAGGGCACCAUCGACGCCAACGUGCAGGGCGGCUUCUCCAAGUACGAGCAGGCGUUCCUGGCGGCGGAGUUCGCGCGGCACGCCGGCCCGCGCGAGCUGGCCGCCGCCGCCAAGCUGCGCCGCCUGGUCGCCUCGCAGCUGGCCGUGCUGGAGGCGGCGCUCGCGCUGCACGCCAGCCUCGCGCCCGACGAAGUCAAGCCGCUGCACAGACGUUUGGUGGAACGGUUCACCCAACUGCGACAAAACCUGGGACCGGGUCUGGCUCGAGCUCGCCGGCAGCUCUCUGAAAGUAUUGUCAACACUCCAUUGCCUCCCGUCCCUGCACUGGAUAAACGAUCUCACAGCAUACAGCAAGGGGAUGGAUAUUACGAAGAUGGACAUCUUUACAAUAAACCUAUCUAUUCACUCGAAGACUCAAUAGAACAGCAAGCCAGUAUUAUGUCGAGCAGUUUGCCGAUAAGUGACAAUCGCGAUUGUGAAGACAGCAUCUCUAUGGUCAAGUCAGCACCGCCGUUGCCGACCAGACCCAAGUCCGGAGACCCUAGGAGUCCCACCAGACCUGAGAAGUACCGGUGUCAAAUAAAAGCUGCAAGCGGAAUCCAACCCCGUAAUGACAUGGAAAUGGAGUAG